CAAGCCUCGAGGCUUAAGCACGUUGAUACGAUAAAAUCAAAUCAAAUGCCGGCAGCAGCAGCAUCAAUCACACCAAUACCUAAUUUCCAUUUCCAUUCCCACAAGGUAGCUCCCAUUAGGUUUCGUCUCUGGGCCUCGAUUCUCAGCAUUGCCGCCGUAUCCAACCGAGCCACCAUGGUCACCACCGCCACCAGCAGCAGCUGUCGCGGUGGCGCGUACACCACCAUCAAAGAGCGCGUCACCUUCGAAAAAGAGAUCAAGAAGAGCAAAUUCAUCGCCCUCGCCGCUUCCGUCUCCGACGAACAAUCCGCUUUCUCCUUCCUCUCACAGGUUAGGGAUCCUCGUGCUACUCACAAUUGCUGGGCAUACAAGGUGGGAGAUCAGUACCGGUCUAAUGAUGACGGGGAGCCAUCUGGAACGGCUGGGAAGCCCAUUCAUUCUGCUAUUGAGUCUUCAGGAGUUGAUAGAGUAAUGGUGGUGGUCAUCCGGUAUUUUGGAGGAAUUAAAUUGGGGACUGGAGGACUAGUCAGGGCAUAUGGAGGAGUAACAUCGGAAUGCUUGAGAAAUGCCCCAACUCAUCUCGUAAAAUCGAAGGUAAGAAUGGGUGUAGAGGUUCCAUUUGAUCUUAUCGGCAUUCUAUACCAUCAGCUACAAUCUUUUCAAGUUGAAGACAUCAAACAAGAUUAUGAGACCGGUAAAGAUGGUAUCACCAUGGUUACCUUUCAAGUUGAUUUUGACUGUGUUGAUAAAUUAGAGGAUGCUAUCAAAAACAACUGUAGCCGGGAGUUAGUGUUCUAUAAGUAACUGAAUCAAUCUUGGGUGUUGUUCAUGACAAAGCAUUUUGAGACGGAAAAUUUUCUUAGGCCUGCUUGGAAGCAAUCAUAUGCGACUGGUAUUGCCAAAGAUGUGUAGGAGUUACUGAAGCAUCCAUGGCUCGUUCAGGGUUAAUCACUUAAUGUCUUUAUCUAGUUGGAAUUGACUAUUAACUUGUUCUUGAAAGGUGCUCAUUCACCUGACUGUUGUAUAUAGUACGGUCUCCAUUUGUAUAUGAAAAGAAAUAUAUUAGGCUAAAUACAAAUUACUAUCCUGUGGUUUAGGUUCAAAAUCAAUUCAGUCCCUGAACUUCUAAUUUCAUCAAAAACACCUCUGCACUUUC